AUGAGUUUUAUAACAAGAAAAUUAGAGGAAAAACUUGGUGUCGAUUUGAAUGGAGAUGGCCGAAUUGGAGGACCUGGAUUGGCUGCUAAAAUUGAAGCAGCUACUCAUGUAGAUCUCAAUCGUGAUGGAAUCAUUGGUGGAUAUCGGCCACCAGCGGACGGAGGAUUGGUUGGAAAACUUGAAAAAGCAACACAUAUUGAUUUUAAUAAAGACGGUCGCAUCGGUGGUCGACCUGGUGUUUAUCCACCUCAACCACAUCAUAAAUAA